UUUAGGUGAACUAGGUAACUCGUAACUAACUAAAGAAACGUUAUUCCUUCCUUAAAAGAUUUAUUUUUACAAAAUUUUCUGAUCGAGAUAAAUUACAUUUGCUAAUUUUGUACAAUUUGCAGUUAACUCGGGAAUUCACUUUUGUUCGCGAAGCCGUAAAUCUUUCGGUUACUUAGUCGUCUGAAUUCAUGAGUUCCACCCGCGAUCGCUUCCUGUUGCGUAGCUCUCGGUGCUAGGAUCAGUGUUCUUUGAAAUUUUGUGCGGUUUGAAAGUGCGCGUGUUUAUUUGUAGUGUUUGGAACGAGCGACGCCGCGACGCGCGACGCACGCGAGCAACAUGCCGCGGCCACUUCAGUUGUUUCGUGGUAAGCCGUGCGUAAGCGCGCGCGCCGCAUAUGCACAUUUUACUAUCGUGAUUCGCGUCAGAUAACAGCUCAUAUGUAAAAUUGCGCGCUCACCAAAAUGUCUACUAAUAAAGAUGGAAAACAGCGGCGCAACGAUCACCUACUCAAAAACUUACCGACAGAAGUACUAUUAAAAGCGAGAAGCACACUGGUCUCGAUAAGUGGUGCUUUAAAGCCAAAAAAUGAACAUCAGCAGCGUCCUAAACUAACCAAGGAAGAUUCAAAAGACAGAAAAUAUCAAGACAGGCUAAAGUUAAGUCGUUCGGAGCCAGAGUUCGGUGAAAUCAGAAAGUCGAAACACAAAAGCCGUGCAGAAGAUGGUUUAUCCCGCGAUUACGCAGUUGGACCAAAACCGAGGCCACUAUCAGUUGGUGCAGUGAAACGACCUGAAAGAGAGACCGAUAAUUUUUCAAAUGCUAGUUUUCUGAAAGAACCUUCUCCAGCGUGGCAGCGGAAUUUUGAUUCGUCAGAAGAUGUGUGUGUGCAAUCAUGUUUAGUGUUACCUGUUGCCGAAAGAUUAAGUGUUAAAGACUUUCAAGACUAUCAUAUGCAUGAUAGUGGUGAAAGACCAAGAAAGAAAUUAUCAUUCCGAGAACCAGAGAUUGUUGGUAACGGUAGUGCUACACUCGGGCGGUCGCAUAAACUAAUGGGUGUUAACAGUUUAUCAAGGAAACCUAACCGGAUAUCACUCAGAGCCGAAGUGCAUUCUUCUUUAGAAGGCAUUGAUUCAGAUUUAGAAAGUCAAGCGAUGCGCAUCGUGCGUACAGUGGGCCAGGCGUUCGAGGUGUGCCACAAGAUCCAGCAGUCCAACACUCCUGACCAGCCCGCACCUUCUACCUCCUCGGCCGUGGACGACCCAGCGCCCAGCGGCAUUGCCAGCGACGUCCCGCCCUCCAGAGAAGCGGCGUCAGAUUGUGGCGUAUCGGAGACGGGGGCCGCGUCCACGUCGCGAGCGGCGGACGAGAGCGCGCCGCCCGCGCAAGAACCGAUCAGACCCUCGCAUCUCGAGUUCCUACCGCCACCGCCGAGGAAGGACGGCAAGAAAUCACCGCAGCGUUUAACCCCGACACCCAGCAUCAACUUUCCGGACUUUCCUGAGUGCGUGAUCAACGUGGACGUUAAAACCAACGGCGAGACUACUGACGAGAGCACCCCGCUGAGCGCCCAGCACCAAUUGCAGCUGCUCCGAGAGCGGCUGGAGCAACAAGUGCAACAGACUCGAGCGGCGGUCGCGCAGUUGCUGCUGCUAAGAGACCAGCUCGCUGCGGAACAAGCGGCACGCUGUGAAGCACAGGCCCGUACACAUCAGCUCUUAGUUCAUAACAAGGAACUUUUAGAGCAUAUAGCAGCACUGGUCGCACAUUUGCAAGAAAGAGAGAGAGGAACUGCUAAACCAAUCAACGCACAGCAACUGACACUAUUGCCACAGGCGAGAGCUGAUCUUGGAAAAGAUAUCACCAAAUCAAAGAUACAACCAAUGAUGAAUGGAAAUCUUCAACAGAUCAACGCAGAGCAACUCAUCAAUCUGAUAACACAGAGCACUAAUACUAAUAAAAACGUCGAAAGUAAUAACAACACAUUUUCCCCGUUCUGUACUACUCCUACAUUGCCACAAAGCCCGGGCUCUGCUCCAUCAUUUGGUGGAAUGACAAACGAACAAAUUCAAAAUUAUUUGAUUUCUAAAUUUCAAGACAUGGGAGGAUUUCCUUUAGUGCCUGAGACGAAGACAAACAACCAACAAUUUUUCCAGAACUGCAACGCUUUCCCAAAUAUACCACCGCUGACAAAUCACUACAGCCACACCGAUAUCGCUAGUCUACUGAACCAUAAUGUGUACAAGGAGAAAAGUAGUUCCACUGACGAAUUAGGUGCAAUGGCUCAAGCGAUGAGCUUAGGUCAUUCCGAAAAUUCUCUAUGCAGCAACAGCCAAGCUACAACUUCAAAAGACUCUACACCAGAAGCGUUCAGUUCGGACGAAGGAGUUGCCUUUAUAAUGCCCCUGUCGCACAACGGUACUCUGACUGCAACAGGAGAUGACGGUCGCGUGAGGCUCAUUGUGCCAGUGAGUCCAUCGGGAAGUACUUCCGAUAUAGGUGAUAUACCAAACGAAACCCAAAGUUAUUCUGGAGUAACGUUGAAGGUUCCCGAACGUUUAUCUCCAGCCGCCCCAAUCACUCGCACCACCAGCGAAAAAGUGCCAAACAGAAGUGAGAUGAUGACUGCAUUACGGUCUCAAUGGACAAGGCAUACCACAAAGUAGAAUAAAAUUGAAUUAGUACUCUUUAUUUUUGAAUCGUUCUAAACUAUACCUGUAUUGUAUAUUUUAUGUAACGUAGGAUAUAUUAUAUUAUGACCUCUGUGUUUGAAUGAUUAUUGUUAUUUCUGUGAGAGAAGAAAUUUUGGUAUUAAAGAUUGAGACUUGAACAAAGGUGCCAUAUUUACAAACGUCACCUAAAGAGACGGCGUACAUUAAAUUAGGAUAGAAAAUACUAUUCUAUACUUAUAUGUUAACAUAUCUAAAUUAGGACCAUAAUAGAGAGGACGUAAAUUACAAUUUUACAUUAAUGCGAAUCUCGUCGUGGCUGAUCUUUUCAUAUCAAAUCUGAAAGUAGAAUACAGUUUUAUGGGCCAUAUAGCUAUGAUGAUGUUAAAAUAGAGCCAAAGCCAUUGAUACCUAUGAGUCAUAAAAAAAAUAUUGUACUUUAAGAUCGAUUUAUGCAGCUUCAAUACUAGUAUUUUAUGACUUCUGUUUAGAGUUUAUUUAUUGACUGUCCUUAUUGCUGUCCAUGUAAAUUUAUUUUAAAUUCAGUUGUUGUUCUACUUUAUUGGAUAUAUAUAAUGAAUGAAUAAAAUAUAUCAAGUGUUUCUAGUCAAUUACCCGUUGAUACUAGUAGUAUGAGUUGUUAUGAUUUUUUUAUGUAGUAAAGUAAGAUUUUGUGUGCAGAUUAUAUUAUGAAUAUCAUUUUACGUAUUUGUUAUAUAGAAUCAUUAUAUGAUAUGAUUACUUAAAAUCAUGUUUCUGUAAAAUAUGUUGUGGUGUUUUAACAAGUUAUACCUACACUCAUACUAUAAUGCCAAAACUUAGAUUUUAUUAUAAUGAAAGGACCAAUGAAGUUAUCAUCACUGUGAACUGUCAUAGAAAUACUGACAUUGUAUAAAUUAUGAUGGGCGCAAUCACCUGAACCUUUGACAAAUCAAUGUAACAAAUACUUAAAAUUCUACAUUAAAAUACUAGCAGCAUCAAAGCCCUGACAAUAUGAUUUAAUUUAUAAAUGAUUAUGGAAGGAUUAGUAUUGUUGGUUUAUGUAUUGGAAAUUGUAACAUGCACCCUUAUUGGAGAUACUUGUAAAAUAAAUGAGAUUAUUUUACCUUAAAACUUAUUAUACUUCGUUACAGCGGCGGCACAUCAGGAGUUUAACUUAAUCCUAGGUGCGUUUAACAAAGUUUCAAUUCGGAAAAUUCAUUACCUUGUGACAAUUUGAUCUGCUGUUGAUUGCGCAUUCAGUCUACUAUAUCGGCAGUGUUUUAUGAUUAUACUAUGUCAUAAUAUGACUAUACAUAUCAGCGGAUGGCAUCAACUUCAUUUGGCAUUCAGUCAUUUAUCAAAAAUUUAAACGUUUAAUUUUGUAAGCCAGAAUGAUCUUAAGGCAUUUAAAUAUAAAAUUCACAAUAACUAAAAAGCAGAACCAGUAGAUAGCAGAAGGUUCACAGGCAGAACCGUCUUUUGCCAAACAAAUAUUUAACUUUUCCUUAUUCAUUUAUCUAUUAUAUCAGGUAUCUCGCACUUCACUGACCCCAACUGAGGCACGCUCGCUUCGCUCGCUCAAAUCGUGCUAGGUUUUGGUCAGGGCUUUCAAGUUCGGAUUGUUUUCAACUCCGGAGCUACUUCCGAACUCCGGAGUGAAAACCUAAGUUGGCAGUAUUUUUAGAAAUAUAGAAAAAAGGUCCUUUAUUUUAGUAAACAUUAGUUUUAACUGUCAAAUAAUGGGUCUUAUAAUCUCGGAUUUAUCACUGACCGACAAAGAAAUGUGUAGUCCAGUAAUUUCAAAGCAGAUUUGCUGUGACAAACGGACAGAUAACGAAAAAAAUUGUAAAAUAAUCCUUAGACUGAAUUCGACGGUUAGAAUAAAUAAACAUAAUUAACAAUUUAUGACAUCACUAAUUUCUACUUUUUGCUGCCUAUUAAUACCGUUGCCCAGGGUUCAGCCUAAGGGCAAGCCAGAAAGUCAAAUAUACUAUUUUAUAAGUAUUUUUAAAUAAUGACAAACGAACAUUGACGUUUUGUAAAAAAUUGCUAAUAUCUUAAAAUUAUGAAUUUCAAUUUACUAGUAGUAUAAAUGCGUUUCUAUUUAGGGCAAGCUGUUAUUUUUUUUUUUUCAUUUGGUUUUUAAUAACCGGUUUUAACUCCGGUUUUCUAUUGUGUUUGAUAGUUUAAUACAUUUGGAAUCUAAAACCUGGUUCGUGUCAGUAUUUCGUUGAGGUGUCAGCAAAAUUUUAAUUGGUAACGCAUAAAUAAAUGUUUGGGUUCGCAUCAAGCGAGCAUAGCAGAGCUAAGACCUAUCAUUCAUCUAUGUUGGAAUGUAUAGAUUCAUGCCAGGUGGCUUUACAUAACAUGCCAAUACAUCGUCAAAUUAAUAAAACCACUUUCUCGUAAUAUUCAUUGAAGUAGAAAAAACCUUAAUUAUCCAUUUUUGAACAUGCGAAUCCGGAGUGUUUGAUAGUAUGCUAUCAAACA